CAAUGCCCGAGGGGAAAGUCAAAGAGUAAAGCAUGCAUGUAAUUAUAACGUGUCACAUGAUCAUGACAGGCACGUCUGUACUUGUCUAGAUAUAUAUAGACGUUAGUCAUAGUUCGGUGAAUAAUUUCAUUAGGUCGGUGAAUGAUUGAGUAGUUCUUUAUUCACAACCACUUGUCUUCCAUCUCGGUCAUGACUGCUUCACUGUGUGCUGAACGAUGUAUUGCCAUGCUAACAAAGCAGUCCCAAACGCAAGUGAUGGGGACAUACAUAGAUAUAGUUAAAACAUAUACUGCAGUUCCAAACGUAAAGUACAUCCUGUACAUGAUUACAACUGGGAAUCCCCUGACGAACAAAUCAGUGUCGCACGCAAUGUGAAAUUCCCAAGGUGUGGCAAUAUGUUUUCUUUUGUGCCCAUGUCUACACUUCGUCCUAGUUCGGGCCUUCGAAUUCGGGAUCAAAAUCGGGAUCAAAAUGGCUGAAUUCUGCCUAUAAGUCAAGAUCAAAAUGGGAGCGGUAGAGAGCAAAUCUGAAAAGGAAACGGCGAUUGAAAUUUUUCCAGAGUUAGACGGCUGGGUUUCCUGUUCUGGGGUCGAAAAUGGAAACUAUUUCCCGGGAAGGGCCAUCUUGUGUAAGACCAAUAUGUGUUCUACAUCGGGACAAAUUGUCCUCGAUUUCCAAAACCCGACCCUAAGAUUUAAAGGAGGCCUCAAACAAUGGUCAGACAUGAGUAAACAAGUGACAACGGUCGACAACAGCCCCCAGAAAUGGUCAUACACUUUUAUAGAGGGUAAAGACAUUGAUCUUUGGCUGUCAGCAGAAGACGAAUCCAAGAUUGCUGGUGGAAGGAAGAGUUCUAAAGAGUACAAAAUUCUCUUUGAACACUCUAAAACGAUCAGUGUCGACAUCGAACACGUUCGCGCAGUCUUUCGGGACAGAGUUCUUAAUCAAGCCACCGACGGGAUACAAGGAGAGACCAGCUUUUUCGUUGUGACGGACGUGUUUUCGGUUGACAAGGUGAGGUGCGAGAGCUCUAAACGUGUUGACGACCAUCUUGAAGCCAAGUUUAAUUUCCGGAAAGGCCCAGGAAGACUGCCAGGAAUGGGGAUGAAUGCUAGACGAAACCGUACUGCGGAGAUAUCACAAAGUUCGGACACUCAAAUCGCACUGUACAUGAAAUGUGUCGAAGUCAAAUACGACCCAACCACCGAGAAGAUCUCGGAAAUCGUGAGAUGCGACCCUUCAACGUUUAGAAAUAGCUACACAGUGAUGGACUCCAGGUCACACUUCCCAAGAUAUCAGUAUACGGUAAACAACGGCAGCUUGAUAGGUGAGCCCAUUUUACUACGUUCAUCCUAUUUUUGUAGGUGAGACCAUUGUGCGAUACCACCAUGCA